CGGGCGUCGGGCGCGGUCCGGGGGCGGGGCGGGGCGGCCGAGACUCUCACACCGCUGCGGAGGAGGCGGGGGCCGGGAACCGGAAGCGGAGCGGCUCAGGGCGAUAGAGUUCUACCCUCGCCUAGCGCGUACGCGCCGCCGAAGCCAUAGAGACGCGGCUGGGGGCAAAGAGCGCCCCCUCUUGCCCCCUCCCACUUCCGGUCCGGGCGACCCGGCCCCGGGGUAAGUGUGCGGCCGGGAGACCCCCCCCAAUCGCCUCCCUCCCGCGCCCCGCCUCCCUCCCUCCUCCCCGGGCGUUUGACGUCACUCGCACGCCCCCGGGCUGCCCCUCCCCCAGGGGACUCCAGGAGCCAGCCCAGGGCCCCUCAGCGCCGCCGCGGGGACUCCCAGCGCUGCUGGGCACGGCGGGUCCCGCGGCGCACCCCUAGGGUGGGGCACGUCACCGCACCUGCCCCGCCCGCAGCCCGCUGCCUUGAGCUGAGAGGGACAAACCUCCCCCCUCUCAGUCCCUGCUGCACGGGGGCGCCAUGGCAGAGCGCGGGGCUCACCUCACAGCCGCCUCCGCCAGCGAUGACACACCGUCCAUCUUUGAGGUGGUGGCCCAGGACAGCUUGAUGUCAGCCGUGAGACCUGCACUCCAGCACGUGGCCAAGGUGCUUGCUGAAUCCAAUCCCGGCUGCUACGGCUUCCUCUGGCAUUGGUUCGAUGAGAUCUACGCCCUCCUGGAUCUGUUGCUCCAGCAGCAUUUUCUCACCAAGUGUAGUGCCUCUUUUUCAGAAAACUUCUAUGGCCUAAAGAGGAUACCAUUGCGAGACAGAAAGGGGCUGCAGCAGUUGGCCAGUGCUGGGCUACCAAAGAAGCAACACUGGAAGUCUCUCCUCUUGUUGGUUCUCAUUCCUUACCUGAAAACAAAGUUGGAGAAAUUGGUCUCCAGUCUGAGGGAAGAGGAUGAAUAUUCCAUCCAUCCUCCAUCAUCAGCUUGGAAGCGCUUUUACAGGGCCUUUUUAGCUGCCUAUCCCUUUGUAAACAUGGCCUGGGAGGGCUGGUUUCUCAGCCAGCAGUUGUGCUAUAUUCUUGGGAAGGCUCAGCAUCAUUCCCCACUGCUGGGCCUGGCUGGUGUGCGUCUGGUUAGGUUGACAGCAGAGGACAUCCAGGCACUGGAGCAGAAACUAGCAGAAGCGACUGCAGGCCAGCAGGUAGCAUGCAGCAUUAAGGAGCAAGUGCAAUCCACAGUGAAAAAAGCAUUGGGAGGUAUUGCCUUAUCCCUGUCCACCGGCCUCUCCGUGGGUGUGUUCUUCCUGCAGUUUCUGGACUGGUGGUACUCAUCUGAGAACCAGGAGACCAUCAAAUCCUUGACUGCAUUGCCUACUCCUCCGCCACCUGUGCACCUGGAUCAUGGCAUACGCUCACCCCUCUUGCCAGCACUUAAGACCGUGUGCCCGUUGUGCCACAAAAUCCGAGCCAACGAUACAGUCCUUUCCACGUCCGGCUUUGUAUUUUGUUAUCGCUGUGUCUACACGUAUGUCAAGAGUCACCAAAGGUGCCCCAUCACGGGCUAUGCUACAGAGUUGCAGCACCUAGUCAAACUGUACUCCCCUGAAAGUUGACUGCACUGACACUUACAAAGCAGAUCCCUAACGGGUUCAAGCACUGCACACUCUCUAGCUUCUUGAGCACACCUUUUCAGCCAGCCGAACUGUGUCUAACAUUGCUAGAGCAGCAAAGGGCACAGUGACAGUCUAUUAGCAGAGCAAUCAGGCUCUAUCCAAGUCUGAGAUGCUAGGGCGAGGUUGGCAAAUUCAACCAGAAGGCUCUAGUACAAACCACUAUCAUAGACAGAUACAGGCCUAAAUGAAGCUCUGCUUGGGUCCAGCCUGGCACUUCCUACAUUCCUAAGACUACUUCAUCUUGGCAUUCACAAGAGAGCUUUUACAGAACAGGGCUGUACCUACCAGUCAGGUUAAGCUGUCCCCUUGCUCCCCUGCAAAUCUCCCCUUGGAUGGCUCAGGUGAAGUUAGCAAGCCAGGCAAUGCUAACAGGAGCAAGCACACUCCCUUCUGUCUGAAUUGGGUUUAUUCAGUAUGUGGCUGAAGCCAGAUUAAAAUUGGAAACUACCCUGAUUCAGAUUUACUUUGCUGAAUGUAUCCUUAAAUCUGCUAGUAACUGCUGAUGUAGUAAAGCUGGUCCUCUCUGCCUAUUUAGCAUGAUACGAAGAUUCAUUCCACUUAAGGUUUAAACCACUGCUAACAGGCUCAUCUGAAGGCUUAUAUUUGCAUGGACUGGGUCAAGUUGCAGCUGCUUUCAUCAUAUGAUAUGGACAGUUGGGGGAGAUCAUUGAUCAAAAUAAAAAU